UUAUUAAAAAAAAAAAAGCAUUUCAAAUCAUUGAAACUUUUACAAGCAAAGACCACACAACGUUUUUGUUUGGACUCAUUCGAGUGACAGAAUCAUAAACCCCUAAUUUAUCGAUUUUUCUUCCAAGUUGAUUAUCAAAUUCGGUGAUUUCCGAUACAAUUUCUUUGUCUACUUAUCCAAAAUUUUUUUGUAAUUUUUGCUAAUUUAGGGUUUAUUAUCCGAUUUUAGUUUGGGAAUUUUUAAUUUGAUUUAUCUUAAGAUCGCUGAAAAGAUGUCCAGCAAAAGGGAAGAAGAAAGGAAUGAGAAGAUCAUUAGAGGUCUCAUGAAGCUUCCACCUAAUAGACGUUGCAUCAAUUGCAAUAGUUUGGGUCCUCAAUAUGUUUGCACCAAUUUUUGGACGUUUGUUUGCAUGAUUUGUAGCGGGAUACAUCGUGAGUUUACACAUCGGGUGAAGUCUGUGUCAAUGUCCAAAUUCACGUCACAAGAAGUUGAGGCUCUUCAAAAUGGUGGUAAUCAGCGAGCAAGGGAAGUAUAUUUGAAGGACUGGGAUCUGCAUAGACAGAGACAGCCAAGCAAUAGUGAUGUUGAUAAGGUCCGAGAAUUUAUCAAGUCUGUCUAUAUAAAUCGUAAAUAUGCCGGAGGAAACAAUUCUGAGAAGUCUUCUGGGGAUACACUGAUCCAGAGAAAUACUGGAGAUGAAACCAGGCGAGCCAGUUCGUAUCACUCUUUCUCUCAAAGUCCACCUUAUGAUUUUCAGUAUGAGGACCGGCUGAACAGAAAGAACCUAGGUUCACUUUCAAGAAAGCCUGGCUCAGAUCAUAACCUUUAUGAGAGGAAGCCUGCGAGUUUUAUAUAUAGUCCUGGUCGUUUAAGCGAGCAUCAUUAUGAGGACAAAUUUGCAAAUGAUGGAUCCAGCUCACGAGUUUCAGACUACUCUUAUUCAAGUGGUGGCGAUCCAUUUAAGUCUAAUCCUCAUUCACCAAAUUUUCAGAAAGAUGAUGGAUUUUCAAGCCCUGCCUCUGAUUCCUCAAGGGAAAUAGUUGAUGGUCUUCAUCGCCAGACUUCAAGCACACAUUCAGAAUUUUAUGCAAAGAGAGACACUGACAAAGCUCCCUUGCCACGGCCACAGAGAACUGUAUCUUCAGGGAGUGUUGGUUCAUUUGAAAAGAACUCUGUAUCUUUUCAGUCAACUGAUACUGGUAGCUUAACUGAUGUCAAGUCUAAGCCCAAUCACUCAAAUGCUGCCACUGAAAAUAAAGUCUCCUCCACUCCUUCACAGUUUCCAGUUGGUGGACUGAAUCUAUUUGAGGAUGCAUCCCCAAGGCCGGCGGCCACCAAUCCGAUUGUGGGUGUUGAUCUGUUUCAAGCACUAAGCGCUGGACAUGUUGCAUCAAUAGAUUUGUUUCAAUCAUCUGCAGAUUCUCCAGAUUUGUCUCAAAAAUUUCCACAAACUAGUUCAUCAUCUUCAAGUUUCUUUUCUCAAAAUUCUCAGAAUCCUCCUGUUUCAAAUCUAGACCAAAAGCCGCCCGAGCCAACAGAACCCAGUAAUGAGGGGUGGGCAACAUUUGAUUCACCUCAGCCCAGUCCCCCUUGUACAAAUACCUCAGAUACUGGUGGUCCAAAAGCUGGAUCUGAAGGUGGAGUUUCUGCGAAAAAUUUAAGUUCUGCUGUACCCUCGAAUGUCAGCAUGCAGUGGCUAGAAUUCCCAAGUUCUACUAUUCAUUCACCUCCCCUCUUGGUGUCUAAUCUAUGGAAUGAGGGCCUGACAAAUGUUCAUAUUCCAACUGACAUGCCAAAUACUCAGAAUUGGAAAGCCUUUGAAGAAGCCAACAAACAACAGCAUCAAUGUACAGACAUGGAAAGCAUAAAUUUGCAUGCUUCUGCCGACAAUAAUUCCUCUAGCACUGAUCUGUUUUUUGGCUUGAAAACUCCACAGGAUUCUGUUGUAGAUGAGCUUCAGCAAAUUUCAUCUACUGAAGGAUUCUCAUUUCCAACUUUACCAUCUCAUGGUGCUUUUGGAUCAUCCUUUGUUGAACCAAUGCAUCCUUUCAUGAAUAAUAUAGCAAAUAGUGAGCAGAAAGUUGGCAAUCCAUUUGAUGUGCCAUUUAAUUCUGAAUUGGAAACACACAAUAUGUUUUUGGACAUGAGUACAUUGCAAGCUGCACUUCCCAGUACGCAACUACCAUCCUCUUUUAUGGGUGGCAUAGAUGAGCCAUGGUUUCCUGGAAAUCCUGUGGUUUCUCCUGGUGGGAUGUCAUACAUGGCGACACAGGCUCCAAGCUCUCAAUUGCCAAAUGUUCCAACUCAUGGACCUGUUGCUUCUGUUGGGGGAAACCCAUUUGCAUAAUUCAUGCUAAAUCAGCAGGACAUCUUUGAUCUUUUUGUAUCGAUCAUAUUCUCCUCUGAAGAUUUACUCGAGGAAGGGUGCCUCUAGAUCACUUGUGCUACAUUUUGUGCAUUGAGCUGCAGGGAUUCAGCGUGCAAAACCAAAAUAUUUUACAUACUGUUCAUUCAGCUGCAAGGAUGCUAUGCACGGAUUUGAUUUAUGCAAAAGAUAGAUAUAUUUAUAAUUAUUGGUAAUUAUAGGGUUUUAGUGUUACAUACCCUGUAAACUGUAUAUAUCGUCAUUUGUAAAUCACUGAGAUAACUGUGUUUCUCUAGAUUGAGCUGCACAGAAGCCAGUACGAAGUAUUAAUUUAUUUAUCCCUUCUGAAAGCUUGAGAGGUGGUUUGUUAUGGUCUAAUCUUUAAGGUAGGUCGACAAAAGUAUUGUAAUAGAAGUAUAGAAGUCUCUUUCUUGUGAUGUAUUCAUAAUUGUUACUGUAAACCGUGUAGUAGAUGCCAUUUCUUGUUUACUCUAAACCUUUGAAGUAGAUGCCAUUUCUCUUUUAA